ACUCGGGCGAGCGGCUGUCAGCGGUUGCGUGUUUUCGCGUUUGGUGUGUUUGCGGGUAACAAGAUGCAGUUUUCUGGAGGAAAGCGGAGGAAGCUGAGGUUGGCAGGUGACCAGAGGAACGCUUCCUACCCUCACAGCCUUCAGUUUUACCUGCAGCCACCUUCUGAAAACAUAUCUUUGAUAGAGUUUGAAAACUUGGCUAUCGAUAGAGUUAAAUUACUAAAAUCAGUUGAAAAUCUUGGUGUGAGCUAUGUGAAAGGGACCGAGCCAUACCAGAGUAAGUUGGAGUCUGAGAUUCGAAAACUCAAGUUUUCCUACAGAGAAAGCUUAGAAGAUGAGUAUGAACCACGCAGAAGAGAUCAUAUUUCUCACUUUAUAUUGCGCCUUGCAUAUUGCCAGUCUGAGGAUCUUAGACGCUGGUUCAUUCAACAAGAAAUGGACCUCCUUCGAUUUCGAUUCACUAUUUUACCCAAGGACAAGAUUCAAGAUUUCUUAAAGGAUAGCCACUUGCAUUUUGAGGCUAUAAGUGAUGAAGAGAAGAACCUCCGAGAACAGGAGAUUAUUGCCUCAUCACCCAGUUUAAGUGGGGCUAAGUGGGAGCUGGAGUCUGUUUAUAAGAUCCCUUUUGCUGAUGCUUUGGAUUUGUUCCGAGGAAGGAGGGUCUAUUUGGAAAAUGGCUUUGCUUAUGUACCACAUAAGGACAUUGUGGCAAUCAUCCUGAAUGAAUUUAGAGCCAAAUUGUCCAAGGCGUUAGCAUUGACAGCCAGGUCCUUGCCUGCCGUGCAGUCCGAUGAGAGACUUCAGCCUCUGCUUAACCACCUCAGUCAUUCCUACACUGGUCAAGAUUACAGUACACAAGGAAAUGUUGGGAAGAUUUCUUUGGAUCAGAUCGAUUCGCUUUCUAUCAAAUCCUUCCCACCUUGCAUGCGUCAGUUGCAUAAAGCCUUGCGGGAGAAUCACCAUCUUCGUCAUGGAGGCCGAAUGCAGUAUGGCCUCUUCCUGAAGGGCAUUGGUUUAACCCUGGAACAGGCAUUGCAGUUCUGGAAGCAAGAAUUUAUCAAAGGAAAGAUGGAUCCAGACAAGUUUGAUAAAGGCUACUCUUACAAUAUCCGCCAUAGCUUUGGAAAGGAAGGCAAGAGAACAGACUACACACCUUUCAGUUGCCUGAAGAUUAUUCUAACCAAUCCACCAAGCCAAGGGGAUUAUCAUGGGUGCCCAUUCCGUCACAGUGAUCCAGAGCUGCUGAAGCAGAAGUUGCAGUCAUACAAGAUCUCUCCCGGAGGGAUAAGCCAGAUUUUGGAUUUGGUAAAAGGGACACAUUACCAGGUAGCCUGUCAGAAGUACUUCGAGAUGACACAUAACGUGGAUGAUUGUGGCUUUUCUUUGAGUCAUCCUAAUCAGUUCUUUGUCGAGAGCCAACGGAUUCUAAAUGGUGGUAAAGACAUCAAGAAGGAAUCCAUCCCACCAGAAACUCCUCAACCCAAACCAAGUGUCCAGAAAACCAAGGAUGCAUCCUCUGCUCUGGCCUCUUUAAAUUCCUCUCUGGAAAUGGAUAUGGAGGGACUAGAGGAUUAUUUCAGUGAAUGAUUCUUGGGCGGUUAGGAACCAUUUUACCUCAGGAGCUUUCAUUUCCUUUUUUAAGAUUUUGCCGUUUUCUUUUUUAAUCUUUUUGUCUAACAGCUCCCUCCGCCCCAACCCAAUCAACCCACAUGCACACACUUCUUAGGAAAACAGUCUUGCAGGUAAAAACAAAGACCUCCACUGUGUUUUGGUUUAGCAAAAGGGAAGAGAAAGAGUUUCUCUUGAAAUCCAACACUUGAAUGGUGUGACUUAGUCCUGUUUUAGGAGAUAAAAUAGCUUUCUGGACUGAUUACAGUCCUCUAGAACAAUACAACUGAAAAUGCCUUUUGUUUUAAUCCUUAUCACUAAUUUUGACCUAAUCCUUUUCUGGACCAUUUUCUGUUAAUAAAUAUCAAAAUGUAUAUGAGUGUGUCUGUGCUUAAUUGCAAUAGUCAUGUUACGUCAUAACAGAUUGGACAUUAUCUCAGUUUUUAAAGUGGUAUUUGGGAAUAUCCAACAUACUUCCAGUCACCAAUAAAGAUUUUAAACUCCUUUUUCUUUUUCCUUUUUUCCCUUGAGUUAGCCAUUCGUGGUUAUUCCACAUCAGCGGGGAGAACUUUUGCCCCUUUGAGCGGCAGCAAACUACUGAAAUGAAUUGUGACGUGGGAAUUAAGAGAAACAGAAUUUGUAUGGUCAGUU